CGCCCGAACUCCAGUCUUGCUCGGAGGUUUUGUUGGAGGCAGCUGUACGUUGCUGACGAAGUUCGACCCAGUGCCCCGUGAACCUCGCCUGUCGAAACUAGACCAGUGCACAAGGUUAGGGCCCGCCCUCGUCGGAGAUCGCGCCGGCGUGCGCGCACCUUGCGGCCCGGAGCGCAUGCGCCCGCAGUCGAGCGCCGCGCCGCGGUUCCCGGCGAACGAGCGCGCGAGCCGGACGCGGCAGCGUCGCGGCGCUCUCGAGCGGCGAAGCCACGCGAGGAGGCGGCGGCGGCGGCGUCGGCGGCGCCUAGCGUUGAGACGACCAAGACGACGACGCGACAAGGCCGCCCAACGCGGGGCCGAUGAGCGGCGGCGGCUCGAGCCCGGGGCCCUGCUCUGGAGCCGGGCCCCCCGCGCUGCUUCGACCCUCACCCGCCGCGGCGAAGACGGAGGCGGCGGCGGCACCUGUUGUCGCCGCUGCCGGCCACCGCCGGCUGCUGUGCUGACGCCGCGCUCACGCGCCGCCGCGGCCGCCUGUUGCUUCUCGGCGGCAGCAGCAGCUGGAAGAGGCCAGCAGGCCCACCACUCGCGGCGCACCACGACGCGGACCAUGCGCCCCGGCAACGGAGGACUGUCGCCGCUGCAGCUAGGCUUCUGCGCCAACCUGCUGUGGAUCGCCGUGCUGCUCACCGCGCCUCAGGACUCUGAACAAGGCCCGCACGAGCGGCGGCUUCUGACAGACCUGCUGGCCAACUACAACACCCUGGAGCGGCCCGUGCUCAACGAGUCCGAGCCGCUCCUCCUCAGCUUCGGGCUCACACUGCAGCAGAUCAUAGACGUCGACGAAAAGAAUCAACUAAUUAUUACAAAUAUCUGGUUAACAUUGGAUUGGAUAGACGUGAACCUACGGUGGAACCCAAAAGACUACGGCGGAGUGCAGGACCUGCGUAUUCCGCCAAACAAAAUCUGGAAGCCGGACGUGCUUAUGUACAACAGUGCGGACGAAAAGUUCGACGGCACGUACCCGACCAACGUGGUCGUGCGGAGCAACGGCAGUUGCAACUACAUCCCUCCUGGCAUCUUUAAGAGCACUUGCAAGAUUGACAUCACGUGGUUCCCUUUCGACGAUCAGAAGUGCAACCUGAAGUUCGGCUCUUGGACCUAUCACGGUUAUCAGCUGGACCUUCGUGUCAACAGCGAGGAUGGCGGGGAUUUGUCCACUUACAUCCCCAAUGGCGAGUGGGACCUGAUAGGCGUGCCGGGAGUGCGUAACGUUCGCGAGUAUGCCUGCUGUCCGGAGCCGUACAUCGACAUCACGUACACCAUCCACAUCCGGCGGCGCACGCUCUACUACGGCUUCAACCUCAUCAUUCCCUGCGUGCUCAUCUCGUCCAUGACUCUGCUCGGUUUCACGCUGCCCCCCGACACCGGCGAGAGGCUUACCCUGGGUGUAACCAUUCUGCUGUCCCUGACGGUAUUCAUGCUCCAGCUCGCCGAGACCAUGCCUCCGACGUCCGAUGCUGUCUCCAUUAUAGGAACCUAUUUUGCCUGCAUCAUGAUCAUGGUUGCCUUCUCGGUAGUCAUGACCGUGGUGGUCCUGAACUAUCAUCACAGAAAUCAAGAGACGACCGAAAUGCCUGCUUUGAUUCGCACGGUGUUCCUCGUGUGGCUCCCGUGGCUUCUGCGCAUGGAGCCUCCAGGCCAAAAGGCGAACCGGCGCAGCCUCUUCCUCAACAACAAGAUGAAAGAGCUCGAGCUGAAGGAGCGCUCGUCGCGGAGUCUGCUGGCCAACGUGCUGGACAUCGACGACGACUUCCGCACGGCCAACAGCGCCGCCGCCAGCGACUGCCACGGGACUCGAACCCCGUACCUAGGUGGAGGCGGCGGCGGCGGGGCGUCCACGGUGCACGCCUGCGUCCACUCGUCGCGUGAACUGAACUUGAUCUUGCGUGAGCUGCGCUUCAUCACGAGCCGCAUGCGUAAGGACGAGCAAGAGCGGGAAGUCGUUGGCGAGUGGAAGUUCGCGGCCAUGGUCGUCGACCGCGUCUGCCUCAUCAUUUUCUCCUUGUUCACCAUCAUCUCCACCUGCGCCUGCCUCUUCUCGGCGCCUCAUCUGGUGGCCUAGCGCACCCUGCUUCUAGGACAGCAUGUUUUCCGCUACCAGCUCCCUCCACCGGUGGCCGGCGGUCUUCCUCUCGGAGAGUUUCUUCACUGCGUUCUUCCGCGCGAGCCCGCUUGUGCGGGCUCUCGCGGGAGAACGCAUCUCGUGAAGAUUCCAGGUGACUCCUUUGUCGCAACACCCCGUCGAGUCCUGUCCGGGUCCCCACGCCUUCGAGUGCGAAGAGAUGCAGCGCAAGAUACGUACGAUGCGACGGCGUCUCGUACCGCGAGGUACUUUCGUGUGGGGGAGGAGAAAGACACGUGGAAGUCGAACGAGCUGGUUUUUAAGUCUCCAUUGUGUGCCAAUCACGAGCCGCCACUGGUGCGAAAGCGUCGGACUAUCUCGGAGCAUUUGGUAGCACCGUCCGAAGCUGGUGCCUUGGCCGUCACUUCAAUUCUAUAUAGGAUAAAAUAACUGCGCGUUAGCUGCCAAACUGCAUGAAGGGUCAAGCAGACGCACCAACCGAACCACAAGAAGGGAGAAAACGCACAGGCUUCCUUCUCUAGGAGCUUCAAGAUCGUGGAACGUGCGUCGUAACACGAUGCUUCUGAUUACAUGCCUGUCCGCCGUCAUGACUGGCUGGCCGGAGUUGGAUAAGCCACCCCAUCUUCGCAGCGGUUCCCCUUUCUUUCGUCGGUGAAUGGUGCGUAUGAGUAAAGAAAAAUAGGGACAAUGCGUGUGUGUUAGGCUGCAUAAACUUGUCAGUGAGCGCGUACAUGCCAAAACAGUGACUAUCGUAGAACUGCGUAUUGUUUUCACAGUGUUCGUUUACCUGUUGUCCUGUUUGAAGUGAGCGUUCCGAAAUGGACUUCUUUAAUCAUAGAGCAGUUGUUCCAUAUGUCUAGUCACCCGGCAUCGUGUACAGCGUAGCUCGAUCUGGCAAAACCUGUUUGGACUUUGCCAAAUGGAGGCAUGCGGCUUAUACUUCUGGCCCGGCUUCCGCCGUCUACAGUGAGCACAUGCCCGCGACUGGUUAAAGCACUGUAUCUCCACGUGGUGUUAGCUAACUGUAGACGUUUCGGUGCUUUGAAAAACUGCUCUUCGGUGAUCGCCAACAAGUCGUGAGCUUUAGCUUCUAAAAUCCUGAAACAUGCUGGGAUUCCGGACGCGUAGGCGCAAUGUCGAAUAAACAGCGCUGCCGACAAACACCCUAACGAUAAAAAUAAUAAUGAUAUUCUCAGAGUCGCGUGCGUUUUUUGAACUACGUGUGUUUUUAUCAUCCACCUCAACAGUUGAUGUUAUCUUGUUAGCAAGUUAAGCAGUUAAAACGAAGAUAGCUUGUUUUACGUCUUACCGCGAAAGAACUAGUGUAGGACUUGGUGGAUCUAAGAUCGACUCCUUCGAUAAGCCUCGAGACCAAUUUCGUAGAUCUAGAAAAAGCUUGCAGUGGUUUCACUGGUGCACUCGUUAUGAUUCACCUUGCUCUGACAAAUGACUCAGUGACGCGCUGGCAACAUCACAGUACGUUUUUUCUGUUAAUUUUUAUCCAUGCGCUUCUACGCAGGUUCUCACGUAGGAAACGGUUGAACUCUGCAUUUAUUUCAACAUAAAACUAGCCGUGUUAAUAAAUCUAGGCGGAGGCCCUUGAUCCGAAUAUUAUUUUUAUAUUACUGAAGGCCGCAGUCGAAUGUAUACAACCGAUAUUUCUAAGCUUUGCCACGGGAAUUCUUCACGCUAUUAUUCACAAAUAUUUAAGAUACGCACUUAACCGACGGCAGUGCUAAAACAUAUCAGUGUCGCCAUAUUCCGGUCUGCCGUCUCGUUCAACGCCCGUGACCAUUUAUCUGAAAGAAAGAAACAAAAGACAUUGGCCAAGAUACACGGUGACACGUGCUUAAGCUCAGGACAUCGCUUCUCGUCUUCUUUAGUCCUCGAUUCGAUAUGCUUAAUUUGACCUAGAUUCUGUCCGAUGGUCUCGCAUAGUUGUCAUCGUGUUUUCCGGGUAUCCUUGUAUUAGAAAAAUGCGCCAAAUGAGGCGGGCCUUGCGUUAUGGAUUGAAACGCGUCGUCUGAUAGCUGGGUCAAUGAAUCCAAGUUGCCGCUAUGGGUCGUCAGAAAAGAUAUCGUCGAAUGCAAAUGCAUCGUCACUGGUGGAGCAGAGCUAAUCGUAUGCUACACUCUGAGAAAAAAGGAGUCCUUGGACUCUUUUUUGGACAGUCAUACAUCCGACUCUCCAAAACAGAGUUAACGGGUCUCUUUCAAUAUAGUUAUAUAUGUUAGAGUUAUAUACGCGGCAAGAAAGAGUCAAAUGAAUCUUUCUUCCCUUCUUUCUUAGAGUGCAUGGUUUAUUUCGUGUAGAGAGAAGCCAUCCGAGCACGGUCUAACGCUAGUGUCUGGAAUCUCACACUAGGAAGAAACAUGCGUCAAGGUUUCUAGGAGCACCAAAUUUUAUGUGAAUGAGAGUUCCUACAAUUUGUGGGUGGUUUCACAGAGAAGGAAAGACAUGUAUAGGUUAGUGGAACUAGUAAAAUAGAAAAAAUAACAGUUUAAGCAACGGUACUCUAGUUCUAUAAGAUCUAAAUAUUAGAUGUCUCAGGGGGAGAAAGGAGGACAGCUUUCACGAAGAUGCAUCCAAGACGGCCAUAAGAACUUUGUUUGCUAAGGUUGGCUUGAUCGUGCAUAGGUUUUCAUUCAAAUUCAUUACUCGUCUCACCAGCUAGGUAUUUCGCCUUGCGAACUUCAAAUUCUUUAGAAAUAUGGAUGCCAGACGUCUUGUUCUAGGCCGUUCUUAAUCGUUGCUUCCUUCCGACUUAAGCAGUUUUGAGAGUUCCGAAAAUUUUCGGCUCGAAGUGUUAAAUAUGCAGAAGGGCUGCUUGCAGAAUUUCAAGUCGUACGUUUUUUUUUUGUAACUCAGAAGUCUGCGUAUAUUAUAAACCGUCCUGUCCCCUAUAUAAAGGCCAACUUGAUUUUAUUCUUCUUAGGGUUACGGUUGUUUCGCCGUUGAUCCGGGUUCUGCUAAAACAAAAUCGGCGAUUCUGCUGCCGAAGAGACCACAUGUAUGAGUUGACAUUGCUUUGCCCCCCUUUCUCAUUAUUGACUGUAUCACCGCUAUACAAGGUGGUGUCGCACGUCACUUUCGUUCGACCGAGUUAUAGACUCUCCACAGCGUCAUUCGUUGCACGGCGAAUCUAUUCUGUUUGUUGCAGCGUCAGCGUCCAGUGCUACGACCGAAUUUGCGUUAUCUUUUGAAUCAACCGCUCUAGGUACGGGACGUAUUGUCGAGUACUGUGAUGAUGAGGGUGCAUCACUCACGUUGGCCCUACAGGAGUUGAAGACAGCGGGAGCUCUUGUUCCCAUCCUACGCGGUAACCUUUAUCCCACAACCUUAACCCUAACCUACAUCCCGGGAACCUUGAAACGCACUGUAAUCGAUCCCAUCAUUCAACGCUCAAUCGAUGCAUGUCGCACUCACGUCACCUUUAUGACAUGUGCUUGAUGUGGUAAUACAAUGCAUGAUACCGACCCUAAUGUUGACUUCUGUCUGCUCCAGUGAGUUAUUUUCACGGUCGUUAAAGAGCACCUACGCUGAUUGCAGGUAGCCGUUGCGUUUCACUAGGCAUCUGCCUGUCAUGCUGUCUCAUAGUGACCGAGAUUCCUGCGGUGCGGCUAACACAAGGACUAGGUUUCAAGGUGGCUGGCUAUUCACCACGAAGUCGUUUUAAGAAUGAACACAGCGUCCACAGGAGGAUUAUAAAUUGUGCACAUGUACAACGCGUGCAACCCUAUGACAACAACACAUGAUCACGUUUCUGUGGGCUGGCAUCAAUGCUUCUGUGAUACAACGUUGUGUUCUUCCAUGCGUGCGUCUGAUAAACAACGUUUGUUCGUCGUUUCUCGCGCGCUUUUCCCUUAGGAAAAUAAUUUGCGCCCACUUCACGCGUGGGCCAGUCUCGCCCUCUCCGGUGCCUGUUUCCAUGUUCGUUCCCACUACCGAGUGCUAAUCACGUGAAGCCAUACCAGACAACCAUACUGCGGUGCGACAUCGCCAUGUAACGCUCGCGUCAACGUCAUUCGCUUCUCUUGUUAGCUGCGUGAUCAGCUUCGAGAAGGAGCAGCGAUCAGCGCGCCAUCUCUGACGCCGUGGCAGCGCUUUUAUCAUACAUCCAGUGGUGUGCACCGUGGCCUCCGCGAUUAGCUCCGGCGACGAGCAGCGGCGCGUAGUUGGAACGGAUCACGGAGGCCACGUGUGCACCAAGGAGGCUUUAAAAAAAGUGUUGGAGUGGAAGCUCUCGCACCGCCUUACCGGCUAAAGUGAAGCCAGCGAUUGCGCACCCUUUAUCUCGGAAAUACGCUCUUUUCGGGUUGUGCCCGCUUAGAAAUAAAGUUGUUUUGAUCUGUUAAUGUAAUAGGUUAAUUCUAAAAUAAGAUAUCGUUGUUCCUGGCGAAAGAAACAUAUCGAGAUGAUAAUUGAUGAUUUGAUGUCCAAUAAAAUUUGCCAAGAAUUUGGUGAGAUUUCUUGAGGAAACCAGUAACACAAAGGUACACACUGAGCGGCAUCUGUCCGGGAAAAUUUGCCGCAUUGAACACGUAGGGCGUGGUUGAGAACACCCCUCAUUUCUUCGGUAACUGCUAAACGUUUUGACCUGCCCCUGCUAAUAUGGCGGCCGGGUCUGCCAUCUUGAGGCGUAAUUUCCACUCCAGCAAUUCUUCUUAAACCUCCUUGGUGUGCAUGCGUCUAACUUUGCUUUCACAGUGCAGCAUAUGCGUCUAUUCUCGCCUCCUUCAGCGAAUUUCAUCUACCCUGUCUUGACUGACCUAUACCGGACGUACUGACGUCGUUUCGAUGUGCGAGACAUGUUUUCGCUUCUCGUGAUUUUGUUCAACGUUCUCUGUGAAGCGCCUGUUCGAUUGUGUUUUCUUUCGCUGGUGGUUGAAACUCAUCGCUUCCUCGUCAUCAAGUCGGAGACCAAGACUCUAUGUAGACUACGAAAAGGUUGAAGUCACGUGCUGUACAUACGUAGAGAAGCUAUGUAACGCUAGCGUAUAACAUAUAUAUGAACGUUAAGCCGAAUUU